UUUUUUCCUCUGAAAAAUUCGAGCAAAACCAUUUAACCCGUCUACAAUUCAAUUUUUCCAUUUCAAAUGAAUUAUUUCGAUCGCAAGUGAUUCUGAGUUUCGAUUUGCGCUCUAAAGUGAAGACAACGAAGAAGCUUUCGAUAAUCUAAUCAACAUUACAAAAGUGCAAACGAAGGAGGAACCACCGUUUUCAGGGUGGAAACUUCACGUGUCGCCGCCGAUACGUCGUCGAGAGUGUCACGCAAUAAUUUAGAUCUCAGAGAGACAUUAAUGGCAGUCGCGGUACUGCUGUAUAGUCGUCAUAGAGGUCAAUAUUUAACAAGAAGAGGAUUGAGAGACCUAUAAAGGAGCAUGAAUGAUCGUGAAUCGUCGGCGGCUGCAUCGACGCGAGAAUCUUCCCGAUAGCUGCGUCGAUCGCAGGCGUCGGCGACUGACGUCAUUAUCAUUGGCUCUAUUACUGACAACGAUAAUUACAUCGAAAUUAUGGAGAAACAAGAAUUUUAUGCAAAUCUACAUUAUUUACCAAUUGCAGUCUUUGUUUCUCUACCUACGGUUUUCAUUUUAACGUAUGUAAUCGCUGUUUUAUUAGGACACGUAGAAGCUGGUUUUCCCUAUAUCUCUGACGCAGCAACUUAUGCACCAGAAAGCUGCAUUUUUUCUCAAGCUGUCAAUUUGAUCGCUAUUCUCAUGAGCUUUAUGAUCUACGUCAGAUAUUUCCAAGUUAAAGAGUGCACCAACGUUUACAAUUCACCGGCUUCUUUACCGAAGUGGAAUCGCUGGGCCUUAAUUUUCGGUCUCAUAUCGACCGCCGGUCUAUCAAUCGUUGCGAAUUUUCAAGAAACCUCAGUAAUUGUAGUCCAUCUUAUUGGCGCGGUGCUUUGUUUUGGAGGCGGUACCGCUUAUUUUUGGACUCAGGCCAUAUGUUCGUUUUACUUGCAUCCGAUUGGAUGCUCGUUACGACUUGCACAUCUUCGCACGGCACUAUCAACUUUCUGUACGGUGUGCUUCUUUGUGAUCCUCAUUACGGGCGUGCUAGCUCAUCUGGCCUAUAAGGGAACAAACCCCCGGAAGUGGUACAAGGAGGAUGGCGGCUGGGAAUUGCACGUGGCUAGCACGAUAACCGAAUGGCUUUGCGCGAUGGCGUUCUGUGCAUAUAUCUUGACGUUCACAGAGGAAUUCAGAGACAUCAGGAUAAGUCCGCCGAAGGUAACAUUUCUCGUAUACAUACAUUUUUAAUGCGGUAUGUCGGAAAGUAAGAUAUUUUAAGGCUUCGGUGGUUACGUCAAUCUUCUCUCGCACUCGCCGGUCAACACACCCUGUCCUGGCUACCGAUACCGCGAAUCCAGAGAUAACCUACCGGACGAGACAACGCCGCUGGUGUUGCGCGAUAAUACCGAGAGGAGUCCCGAUGUCUUCUGCCCAGUUCAAAUACACGUACACGAUCCCACAAUACGCGAACGACGGCGGCGUCCCAAGAUCUACCGUCCUAAAAACCAACAUCAAAGAGUUCGCAAAGAUAGUUCCAAGUGGAUUGAUCUCGACGAAAAUGUGAUGGACGGUGACGGUUACAUUCUGAUUGAUGAUAGAAAUCUCGGACCUUCAGUUCCCGAGAUCGACAGUGGAGAGCUACCAUAUCCCGAUGUUGAGUACGAAGAUAAUGACGACGACGGCGAUAAUGACUACAACGACGACAAUAACGACGACGACGACGACGACGACAAUGAUGACGAUGAUAACGACGACAACAAUGACGACGAUGAAGACGGAGACACGGGCAGUCACAGCAGACGUGAAUGGUCAAUAUACAAGCAGUUGAAAAAAAAGUUGUCAAAACGUUGCCGGUCCGAUUUCGACUUUGGCGCGACUUAUCCGAUCGCGAAUAGUCACGGAAAUGCUUAUCAGGAUUCGAGCAGCCACAGCAAGUACACGGAAUUAUAUUCGGAAUUUCGAAAUGUCACAAAUAACUUCGACGUGACUCACACUCUCGAUGUCACACCGUACGCGAUAGCGAACAGUCACGGCGAGCAUGGUAAUCUCGCGACGGAAAUCCGUGAUGGUUAUUAUAGGGAAAGCGACAACUUAGUCUGGAACACUAGGCCGGCGGAUACGAAUUACGAAAUAGCUAACAGCCACAGCAACUACCGCGUGUUUUAUGACAGUCAGACGCAACAUCAGGCAAUGAUGCCGCCCUGGUCGUCGGAACCGUGGUCGUCGGAAAAUUACCGUGGAGAUUCUUGCGUUGCUGCAGAAAAUCCUAGAGACAACACCGACAGAAAGCGAGAUAACGAAGAAAGUGAGGCGGACACGAAUCUCUCGGAGAAAAAGGACGAGCAAGAUUCUGAAACAACCUGCGACAUUGAGCAAUGCCUGGUGCAAAUCGAGGAAAGCCUCUUAAAUAUCGAGCAGAAUCUUCUCCAUGUUCAGGACCUGGACAUACCGGAGCUGAGAAAUCUGCUUUACAAGAGCCCGAGUAUCGAGCGAAGUCUGUACGAAGUGCAAGAUCUUCUCUACUCCGACGGCAUUGGUUCGACGGUAAUCGCCAAAAACAAAUCUAUGUCUCUCGAUUCUGACGAAGAAGAAGAGGAGGAGGAGGAAGAAGUAGAAGAGGAAGAAGUAUGGGUGGGACAAAAUAUAACAAGCGAAGAUACCAAUGACGAGAACGUGGACGCGGGCGCGCCUCCUCUUUUCGUUGAUUCGAAUGAAGAAUCUUCGGACACAGCCAACGUUGACGAAUAUAAUCCUACAAAAUUGAAUGACCAUUACACCGACCAUUGGAUCAACCAAACAAACGUCCCGAUGGAAGAAAGAGCUUUUACUUUUAAUGUAGAUUCGGAAAAAGCGAUGAACUUCGUGCCUAACAGUCUUAGCAAAACUUUACCCAGAAAGAUUAUAUUGGACGAAGUAAAAGAAAACAUCAGACUGUGCUCAUCGGAACCGGAAGAUUCCAGAAUUACGAUCGAUUACAAUCUUAACAGUAUGUGCGCCGAAAAAAAGUCUUUUUUUCGCGACAAAUGGCACAGCAGAACGAACUCGUUGGACGAAAACUCGAUCUUUCAAAACUCGGAAUUCGGCGACAAGCAAGAGAACAGCAAGUUUUCGUUACAAGACAUUUUUCUCGAAUCUACCGGAAGUCGACACUUCGCGGUCAAUGCAAAAGCGCGAUCAGAAGGAACUUUGCAGACCAAUCAGAGCAAACAGAUAUACAGAAGAGGAUCUCAUGAGGAAAAGCUUCUGCAAGCCGUUGAAGCAACUGCGGAAGACUUUCGGAAGAAACUCGAAAGUUUCGCGUUGCAGCGACAAUCUAUUUUAGUUGACAGUCAGAAAAGAAUGGCGUCCAAGUCAACGAGAAAUGUCUCGGACAAUGCGGCGCCGCGAUCGAAAGAAAAGUCGCCCGGGAAGUCAAAGCGCACGACCACGACAACCUCUAAGAUGCAGGACAGAGAAAAUAGUGCUGGUAAAACCACCGACAAACGUAAGAGAAAAAAAACAUCAGCGAAGAAUCAAAGUGCCUCGGAGAACGCUUUGAUUCCGAGUAAACUGAUCUCGCUCUCGUUAUCGCUGCUUCUUGCGGCUCUUCUGCAAGCAGUCAGAUGUUUGACGGAUCUCGUUGAAGAUGCCUUCAGAUCGGUCAGUUACGAUCGAAAUGGAUUGCUACAAUAAACUAUGGAAAUUGUUUCUAACAAAGUUACUCAAGUGCUGACUAACCUUCUUGAUAAAUGUGUAAUGGAUAUACAUAAUAGGUAUGUAAUAAACAAUCGAUCUCUCACAUCGACGAUCAAUUCGUGUAAUUGUUCGAGACUUAUACCCGAUAUCUGUGAUAAACAUUAUUCUUAGAGUUCUCAACAAAACUGCUUCCAAAAAUAAGUGAGAUUGAGAAAUCGACUUUCCACACUUGGACAAGAAUCGAGAUCGAUUCUAAAAGAUUCAUUAAGACUACGUGCUGUGAAUAUCAUUCCUGAUAAAGUGAAUAAAAAUUUCGAUGAUCUCAGAUCGACGAAAUUUUAGAAAAAUGUGAAAACAAACGUGAAGUUAAUUUUGUGUGCAAAUGUAUGCGUUAAUUAAUUGUGGAAGACACAACGAAGCGUAAUGCAAUAAACACGCAUGAUGAAGCGAUGAAUACAAUAGUAUAAUGAUAGUGCGCGAUAUAUAUAUUCAAAGAAUUCUUACUCAAUGCUAAAUAACGGGCUAAGCGUAAACGUUUUAAGAUUACGGUAUAUUAUUAUAAUUCAAAAGUGCCUAAAAAAAAAAUAAAAACCCCAUCGCGUAUCAUGUACGAGAUGCAGUAUAAACAAUACACUAUUAAUGCUAUUUAUGUCUACUUACAUAAACUCAUUUUUUCAAAAUGUAAGAGCAUUGAGAGAAAAUAAAGCGAAAGC